GCUUGUCAGCAGAAGGAAGCAUGAAGUGCUCUAAAAUGUCCUGGUAGAUGGCUGCGUUGACUGUGGACUUCAGAAAACACAGUGGACCAACACCAGCAGAUGACAUGGGACCCAAAUUCAUCACUGACUGUGGAAAUUUCACACUGGACUUCAAGCAACGUGGAUUCUGUGCCUCUCCACUCUUCCUCCAGACUAUGGGACCUUGAAUUCCAAAUGACAUGCAAAACUAAGCAACAGUCCAGUUAUUUUUCUCCUCAGCCCAGGAAACAGUUGCUAGGAGACAGCGCAGUCCGGGCGGCGCUGCAGAAUGUGCAGCCUGUGUCUCUGCUGCCUCCUGUUGGUACGGAGGUCUUCAGAUGCUUCACACCAGCCUCACUGGAAGUGAUCCAACAACGACAGGAAGCAGAGAAGAAGGGGCGAGAGAAGCGGAAGAAGAACAAAGAGGAAGCACAGAAAGACUGGCUCAAACCAGCCAGAGACCUAGAGGCUGGGAAGCCCCUCCCAUUCAUCUAUGGGGACCCGCCCCCUGAGCUUCUCAAUACCCCAUUGGAGGAGCUGGAUCCCUUCUACCAAUCACAGAAGACAUUCAUCGUUCUCAGUAAAGGAAACAUCAUCCACAGGUUUAAUUCUGAGUCGUCCUGUUACCUGCUGAGUCCGUUCAAUCCGCUGAGGACCGUUGCCACCAAGAUCCUCAUUCACUCUUUAUUCAGUUUGUUCAUCCUGGUGACGAUUCUGACCAACUGUGUGUUCAUGACGAUCAGUGAUCCUCCAUCAUGGAUCAGGGCUGUGGAAUACGCGUUCACUGCCGUCUACACGUUGGAGACCAUCAUAAAGGUUUUGUCCAGAGGCUUCUGUGUGGGGAAGUUCAGCUUCCUCAGAGACCCCUGGAACUGGCUGGACAUAAUGGUCAUCAGCAUGGCAUUUCUGACAGAGUUUGUUUAUUUGGGGAAAUAUUCUGUGCUGAGUUCAGUUCCUCGAGUGCUAAAGAUCAUCACAGUGAUGCCAGCUCUGAAGACCACUGUGGGAGCUGUCGUCCAAUCAGUGAAGAGGCUUGCUGAUGUGUGCAUCCUGGCGGCGUUCUGUCUCAGUAUCCUCGCUCUGAUUGGUCAGCAGCUAUUUAUGGGAGUUCUGAAGCAGAAAUGUAUCAGGUUUAUGCUUCCCAACCUGACCGACAUUGGCGCCACUGCUGGUUACCAUGACGAGACAGGAGUCAACCAUUUCAGUUUCAGCGAGCACGUAAAUGACAUCAAGAACCAGUACUUCCUGCCGGAUGAACUUAAUCCUCUACUGUGUGGAAACACCUCUGAUGCCCAGGUCUGUCCAGAAGGUUACUCCUGUCUGAAGGGCAGGAGUAACCCGGACUACGGCUACAGCAGCUACGACUCAAUUGGUUGGUCUCUGCUGGCUCUCUUCAGACUGAUGACUCGGGACUGGGAAGACCUGGUCCUGAAGACGUUACAAGCAGCAGGUAAGAGCUCUCUGGCAUUCUUCGUUCUCCUCUCGUUCCCCACCUGUUUCUGCAUCCUCAGCCUCUCUGUGGCGGUGGUUGCCAUGGCAACCGGUGAGCAGGAGGAGGGUGCCGCUGCCGAAGCCAGACAGAAAGAAGAGGAGUUAGGUCAGAUUGUGGAGGCGCUGCGGAGGAGAGAGGAAGAGGAGCAGGCAAACUGUGGGGCGGCGCUCUCUUACGACCAGAAACACACUGAAGGUACACAGAAGUCCUGUUCUCCCUGCUGGGGGAUCUUCGUAGACCUCUUCCUGAAGUGUGACUGUUGUGGCUGCUGGCGGGGGCUCAAACAGCGUCUCUACACUGUCGUCAUGAACCCGUUCUUCGACCUUGGGAUCGUUAUCUGUCUUGUCCUCAACACCGUCGUCAUGGCAAUGGAACAUUUCCCAAUGGCGAUGGAAUUCGAGCUGCUACUGUCUGUCACUCAACUGGUCUUCACUGCCAUCUUCACAGCUGAGCUGGUCCUGAGACUCGUGGCCAUGGACCCGUACGGUUUCUUCCAGGUGGGCUGGAACAUCUUUGACAGCAUCAUCGUCGCCCUCAAUCUGCUGUAUCUGUCUGUGGAGAAUUUCACACGCUACUUCUUGUUGAUGCGGGUCUUCAGACUGGCCCGGUGGUGGCCCUCCUUCCAUUUGAUGCUGAAGACCAUCUGGACCACUGUCCGGGCUCUGAGGAACCCGACUCUCCUGCUGGUGAUCAUGGUCUUUGUGUUCUCUGUGGUCGGCAUGCAAGUGUUCCAGAAGGACUACGAAGACCACGUCCAAAUCUGUCAUAUUGCAGCGGACUGCAAGCUUCCUCGUUGGCACUUGAACGACUUCUUCAACUCCUUCCUCGUCAUCGUCAAGGUCCUGUGUGGGGACUGGAUCGAGACCACGUGGAACUGCAUGGAGGUCUCAAGUCAGACCACGUGUCUGGUCUUCUUCAUAAUGGUCCUGGUUAUCGGAAACCUGCUGGUCCUGAAUUUGUUCGUGGUCUUGUUGCUGACCUCGUUUAGUGAUGGUCUAGAGGUCCCAGGAGAAACCAAGAACAACCUGCAGACCGCCAUGAGCCGGAUAAACAAGAGCUGGAUCCUGGACCAUUUCUGGACUGUUCUUGGAAAGAAGAACCAUGUCAACCCAGACCACACAGUGGUCAAGGGUCAGGAGGACAACGGGAAGGACUACCUGGCUUUGACCUGUGUCACUUCAGAGGUCAGCGGUAACCAUGGCAACCAGAUCAGCAACACCGGACUCGGGAAGGUCCCCAUCACCACGGCCGAGAUCCAGAUCGAAUCACAGACACCUGAAAAUGAAGAGAAAAAAUCUGUCGAUAUAUUUGUUCAGUGUGACGACAUGCAGAAACAUCCUGAAGUCCAGCAGGACGAACACGAUGAAGAUGAUAAAGGAAACACCCCUGAGGACUGCUGCAGUGACAAGUGUUACCAAUGCUGUCCGUUCCUGAACAUAGACACGUCCCAGGGCGGAGGGAGGAUCUGGUCUAACUUCAGGAAAGCCUGUUUCUUCAUCAUACAACACAAAUACUUUUACAUAUUCAUCAUCCUCAUCAUCCUGCUAAGCAGUGCAUUUCUGGCGUUUGAAGACGUUUAUCUGCCGCAUCGUCUGGUCUUAAAGAGGGUUGUGGAGACAGCAGACCAGCUGUUCACCUGCCUGUUCCUGCUGGAGAUGCUUCUCAAGUGGACCGCCUUAGGACUCAAGAAGUACUUCAGUGACGCCUGGUGCUGGCUUGACUUCCUCAUCUUGGACGUGUUUUUGGUGUCUAUGAUGGCCGACAUGUUGGGAUUCUCUGGACUAAGAGCCAUCCAGUCUCUGAGGACUCUGAGAGCUCUGGGGCCCCUGAGGGCUGUGUCUCGCUUCCAGGGCCCAAGGGUGGUGGUGCAGGUUCUGGUGCGGUCCAUCCCGGCUCUGUUUGACUGGCUGUUGGUGUCUGUGACUGUCUGGUUGAUCUUCAGCAUUCUGGGUGUGAAUCUGUUUGCUGGAAAGUUUUAUCACUGUUUCAAUGAGAAGACAGGACAAAGGUUCUUACCUGAGCAGGUGAACAACCACAGCCAGUGUCUCUUUCUGAUGGUGGAAAACGACACUGAGGUCGACUGGAGGAACAUGAGGUUAAACUACGACAAUGUGGCCAACGGUUACCUGUCUCUGCUGCACCUGGUGUCAUCAGCCGACUGGGUAGAUAUCAUAUAUUCAGCUUGGGACGCCACACACGUGGAGUCUCAGCCGGUCUUCGACUCCAACCGGUACAGGAUUCUUUACUUCAUCUCUUUCUUCAUCAUUGGUUCCUUCUUCACCUUCAAUUAUUUCAUCAGAGUCAUCGUCAACAACCUGUUGAAAGAGAAGGUUGGACAGAAACACAUUUUCAUGACAGAAGAGCAGCAGAAAUAUUCUAAAACUAUAAAGAAUCUGUUCUCCAAGAAAUCUCCGGUCCCCUGUCCUCAGAAUCAGUGCCAGGCUCUGCUCUUUGACCUGGUGACCCGGCCGUGUUUUGAGGUGGUCAUGGUGGUGUUGAUCUGCCUGAACAUGGUGGCGAUCAUGGUGGAAACAGACGAGCUGAGCGUGCAGAAAGCUGAGGUCCUGUCCUGGAUUCAUUUCGUGUUCAUAAUCAUCUUCUUUCUCGAGUUCAUUCUAAAGAUCAUCGCACUCAGACGGUACUACUUCAGCGACUGCCGCAACGUCAUCGACUUUGUGAUUCUCAUCUUGUUAAUCAUGUGCCUAUUCAUCGCUGACAUCUACGAAAAUUAUAUUUUCUCGCCCCUUCUCUUACCUGUUUUCCGAUUGGCUCGUAUUGGUCGGAUCCUCCAUCUCAUUCCCUGUGCUACGGGUAUCCGGAAGCUGUUUUUGGCCUUUAUGAUGUCACUUCCUGCUCUCGUCAACUUUGCCCUCCUUAUCUUACUCAUCAUGUUUACCUUUUCCAUCUUUGGCAUGUUUAACUUUGCCUAUGUGAAGAAGGAGCACAUGAUCAACCAAAUGUUUAACUUCCAAACGUUUGGGAACAGCAUGAUCUGUUUGUUCAUGACCUCUGCUGGACUGUUGAGUCCCAUCAUGAGCAUUCCCCGAGACUGUGACUCUGACAUGGAGAACCCGGGAUCCACAGUCAGAGGGGACUGUGGCAGCCCUGUGGUGGGUGUCGUCUUCUUCACCACCUACAUCUGCUUGUCCUUCCUGCUAGUGGUCCACCUGUACAUCGCCGUCGUCAUGGCAACCUUCAACUCAGAGGACGCCGAGGCACUGUGCGACGACGAACUCCAGAUGUUUUAUAAAACCUGGAGGAGGUUCGACCCUGACGCCUCCCAGUUCAUCCAGUACAGCCAGCUGUCAGACUUCUGUGACACCCUGAAGGAUCCUCUGAGGAUUCCCAAACCAAACACCAUCAAACUGAUCCACAUGGACCUGCCUCUGUUUCCUGGAGACCAGAUCCACUGUAUGGACGUCUUUCUUUCACUUGCCACACAGGUGGUGGAUGAUUCAGGACAGAUGGACUCUUUCAAAACCAGAAUGGAGGAAAAGUUCAUCGCCAACUCGUCCAAGGUGUCCUGUGAACCAAUCAGCAGCACCCUGUGGAGGAAACGGGAAGAGGUGGCGGCGACGGUGAUCCAGAGAGCGUACAGGAAGGGCCUCCUGCAGCACAGAGACACCACGGUGACGGUGGUAGAGUCUGUGAACAGUGGCGGCGCUGUUUCAGGCUCCUCCCACCCAGAGUGAGGUUUUCCUUCACAACUUCCUGCCAGAUGAGAACCUGAGGGAGUCUAUCAUCUGAUGACGUGUUUCUCCUCAGUGCCGAGGGGACUCACCUGUGGACGGACAGAGUCCGCUGCACAUCGCUCUUCUUCUGGCUUUGAACAUUUUAUUAUCUUUGUUGAGCCUUGCUCACUCACCAAAACGGUCCAAAUAAAUGUUAUACAAGUACUAAUGCAGUUUAUUAUUAACACUUAUAUACCAAAAGCACCAUUUCAAGAGUCUCUUAUCAGAUCAGAUUUCAGUUAUUCUCAGUCCAGAAGGGGCGCUGACUCCUUCCUGGAUGUAUUUACACUCAGCUGUUUAGAGAUCAGAUAUCUGAUCAACAAAAGAUGCACAGGGGCCGAUCUAGAGGAAUAUUGAUGGGGUGUCCAAAGGGUGAUAGAUAUUUGAACUCACAAACAUUCUGGUGGCGCAUUGAAUAUUGAUGUGUAAAGGUGGCAUUAGAGAUGAAUCUAUCAAUCAUAAUCAAUUCUUUUAUGUCUUUUAUCAUUGAACUUAAAGGGUUCCACCCCUCUAAAGCUGUUUGGUCUCAUGGAGUCUGCUAAUGGCUCUGAGAGAUAAACUGCUAAUGUGGCCAAUAACAACCUAAAGACAAAACUGUUUCAUUUGUUAGACAAAGUUUGUAAAACAGCAGCAAAUAAAAACUCAUGUCAGUCAGCAGCGCUACUAACGCACAAUAUUCUAAUUAAUAUUAUUAAUACUAACUGUAUUAUGGAAAUAUUACGACUUUAUUCUGCAAAUAUUAUCACUUAACAUCCCUUUUAACUACAAUAUAGAAAUUAACAUUAGCAAUAAAUGAGAGACUGGAUAACACAAGGUCACAUGAUAAGUCAUCAAAUGGAGCGAAGCCUGUGAGGUAGUUCAGGCAGUCAACUCGAGCUGCGCUGAUUACACACAUGACAUGCCUUAUUCCACAAUCACUAACGAAGCGUGCCCUUCCAAUCUGGCGGUCUAUUUAAACUGCACAAUUUCCCAGCUCUCCCUCUGCUCUGUCAAUGCCGCUGUUGCCCUGCAUCUGUAUUGCUGCCUGCUGCUCUGUAAGCCCCACCACCACCCCAGCAUCCACCUGUAGGCUCCGGCUCAGGGUUUAAGGUAUUUGCAGUUUUGCAGGUAUCAGUCCCCCAUAUCUCCCAUAUAUAUGGAAACAUAUCUGCGGGGAAUGAUGAGGUCGGAGCCUAGACGCCAAAAUCUAAAUAUGCUAUACUGCUGUAAUAAACAUUUCAAAUGUGAGUUGGCUGACUGAACUACUUUUAUUGAUCCUCAGGAAACUCUAAAAUACCAUUAACCUGAAAAUAUCUGAAACAGGACUUCAUGUCCCUGUUGGACCUAAACUGGAGGAAACUGAUAUUAAUGCUCAUGCUUUUUAUUGUAUUUUGUUGUUAUUGAUGCUGUUUUAAUGAAAAUUAACAAAUUAAACUAAAUCAAUAAUAAAUAAAAAGUUCCAUACA